CAAACAUUCUCAACGUUUCAAAAUUUCAAAAUGCCAGCCUCCGGAGCACAUAUUCUCGUCUAUCCAUACCCAGCCUCAGGCCACAUUAUCCCUCUCCUCGAUCUCACCCACAGCUUACUCACCCGCGGCCUAAACGUCACCGUUGUUAUCACCCCUAACAAUUCCUCUUUACUCCACCCAUUACUCUCCUCUUACCCUUCUUCCUCGCUCCAAACCUUGGUCCUCCCCACGCCGUCGUGGCCAACAACUUCCUCAUCAAACAGACUUCUCAAUAUGAUGCGUGGAUUGCGUGAACUUCAUUAUCCUGCACUCCUUUCUUGGUUCCAGUCUCACCCUUCACCUGCUGUUGCUAUUCUGUCUGAUUUUUUACUCGGUUGGACCCAACAGUUGGAUUCGCAGGCUGGAGUGCCACGUGUUGUGUUCUCGUCCUCCGCCACUUUAUCCCUGUGUAUAUCAUAUGCUUUGUGGACUGAUUACCAAAGAUUGAAUAUCCUCAAAGGAGAACGACUUAUACAUACCCAAGAUUUAUCGUAUCGACAACUAUCGUUUCCGAAAAUUCCGAAUUGUCCAACUUACCCCGGCUGUCAGGUCUCUCGUAUUUACCGAGAGGGUAAAGAAGGGAACCCGGAUUGGGAACUUUUUAGAAGCUGCGUGCUUGAAGACAAAGCUAGUUGGGGAGUCGUGUUCAACUCAACUAUUGAGUUGGAACGUGAUUAUAUCGAUCACAUUAAAAAAGAUGUCGGCCACGAUCGUGUUUGGGCGGUGGGACCUCUGUUGCCGUCUGAUGAUGAUUUGGCAUGGUCCACGUCACGUGGUGGGACCACUGCGGUGCCAACUUACGAGUUACUCACCUGGCUAAACUCUCGUCGUGACGAUUCGGUCGUUUACGUUUGUUUCGGUAGUCGUCAAGUCUUAAAUUCGAAACAAACGGACGUAUUAGCAACCGGCUUGGAGAAAAGCGGCAUCCAUUUCAUAUGGUCUGUACGGGAACGCACAGAGAAAAACGCGGGAGAGGAUUACGGUGACCUACCUGACGGAUUCGAAGAUCGUGUGGCGGGUAGGGGUUACAUUAUAAAAGGAUGGGCUCCACAGGUUGCCAUAUUAAGGCACCGAGCCACCGGCGCGUUCUUGACGCAUUGUGGUUGGAACUCGACCUUGGAAGGAAUUUCAGCCGGUGUGGUGAUGCUGACGUGGCCAAUGAGCUCCGACCAGUUCAUGAACGCGCAGCUCUUGGUUGAUGAAUUGGGAGUGGGGAUCCGAGUUGGCGAAAAUAUAGAGAAUAUUCCUGAAUCAACAAAGUUGGCUCAGUUGUUUGAUGAGUCUGUGAAUGGAACAGGGCCACAAAGAAUGAAAGCAAGAGAACUGAGAGAGGCUGUCAUGAAUGCAGUAAGUAAAGGAGGAAGUUCAGAUAAAGACUUGGAUGGAUUUGUGAAUAGUAUAAAUGAGCUUAAAAGAAACGUUGAAACUGCGGUGUAGAUGGCUCUAAAGUCUAAACCAUAAGUGGAGCUGGUAUAUAUUAUGGAUUGAUGACGAAUACGAUAUCAAGACAAAAAAUAAAAUUACAAAUUCGAUAUAUCAUUACUGUAUAAUUUUAAAAUAAUCAUAGAUCAAUUCUAUGACACUU